AUGCGCGCUGCGUGUAUCGCUCCGGCGAUGGCUGUGAGGGGAGGGAUGAGUCGGUGAACUCGCUCGUUCGGUGGCGGCGGCACCAGCACCGGGCACCCGCGGCGCUCGCGCCAUGCGUCCCGUGUAGAGAGCGGCCGAGGCGGAAGGUCGGGGCGCCAUGAACCUGCGCGGGUUGUUCCAGGAUUUCAAUCCGAGCAAAUUUCUUAUCUAUGCCUGUCUGCUGCUGUUCUCUGUUCUGCUCUCUCUCCGUCUGGAUGACAAAAUUCAGUGGAGCUAUUGGGCUGUCUUUGCUCCAAUAUGGCUAUGGAAGCUAAUGGUCAUUGUUGGUGCUUCGGUGGGAACAGGAGUAUGGGCACGAAACCCACAGUAUCGAGCAGAAGGAGAAACCUGUGUGGAGUUCAAAGCUAUGCUAAUUGCAGUAGGUAUUCACCUGCUACUGCUGAUGUUCGAAGUUCUGGUAUGUGACAGGAUCGAAAGAGGAACCCAUUUCUGGCUUCUGGUCUUCAUGCCAUUGUUCUUUGUAUCUCCAGUGUCAGUUGCAGCUUGUGUGUGGGGCUUCCGACAUGACAGAUCUCUGGAGUUGGAAAUUUUGUGUUCUGUCAAUAUUCUCCAGUUCAUAUUUAUUGCACUCAGACUAGACGAGAUCAUCAGAUGGCCAUGGCUUGUUGUUUGCGUUCCUCUGUGGAUCUUGAUGUCCUUCCUGUGUCUGGUAGUACUCUAUUACAUUGUUUGGUCUGUCCUGUUCUUGCGUUCAAUGGACGUUAUUGCUGAGCAGAGGAGAACACACAUAACAAUGGCCAUCAGUUGGAUGACAAUCGUUGUUCCAUUACUCACAUUUGAAAUUCUACUAGUGCACAGACUGGAUGGACAUAAUGCGUUCUCAUAUAUACCCAUUUUUGUCCCUCUUUGGCUUUCUUUGAUAACUUUAAUGGCAACAACAUUUGGACAGAAAGGAGGAAAUCAUUGGUGGUUUGGAAUUCGCAAAGACUUCUGUCAAUUCCUACUUGAACUUUUCCCAUUCUUGAGAGAAUAUGGAAAUAUUUCCUAUGAUCUCCAUCAUGAAGAUAAUGAAGAACUGGAAGAAACACCUGUUCCAGAACCCCCCAAAAUUGCACCAAUGUUCCGAAAAAAGACUGGAGUGGUCAUUACACAGAGUCCUGGAAAGUAUGUUAUUCCACCUCCCAAAUUAAGCAUUGACAUGCCAGAUUAAGAUUAAUUUAGAAUGUGGACAACUGACAACAAAACUGGAACUGGGAAUCAACAGCCAAAUGUAUUUCAUCUCAUGCCUUGUUUAAUUUCUUUAAGGAUAGGUAUUUGUCAGUUAGUGGCUUGUAAUGCAGAUGUUGGAGAUUUUAAAAUAUGAUUUCUUUCAGAGCUUUCCAUAUUUGCUUAAAAUCUCAUAGUAGCAAAUCAAAGUGGGAAGACUAGCUAUAGUAAGGUUCACAGGUGGAAACAAACUUUAAAAAAAAAAAAAUGUAUCUAUAAAGUCAUUACCAGAGAAAUUACUCCAAUACACAGAUAGGGACAUCAAUUGUAGUGAACUGGGAAUUGAAAACUUCUAAUAUUCUGUAACAUGCCCUCCGGUAACUGAAAUUCAUAUUUUCCUACAUCUCAUUUAAGCAUUCUAAGUAUGUGUUCCUAGUGUUAUGAUGAUCUUUUGUCCAUGAAGAUAGGUGGUUGUCUAAUAUGUGAACCUUCCUAGUGGAUUGGUUAUGUGCCUGGCUGUAUAGUAUUUAUACAGACAUUUUAGCAAUGUAAUAUAUUCUGUUCAAAUUCUAGUUCUGUACAGUAUAAAUAUUAUGUAAAGGUAUUUUUUUAAAAAGCCUGUAUGAAAUGCAUAAACUAUUACAGAGGAUGUCUUUCGUGUCUUAACUAUACACUUGGCCUCUCUUGCUGUAUGUACUUUAGGCAUGUAGUAGUAUGUAUUGGCAUGUCUUUACCUGUCAUUUCCUAUUCAGACAUGAAAACUGUGUAACUACCGAGGCACAGGAGCAUUUCAUUCCUCAGGCAAGACUUGAAGGCUUUUGUAUUAUAUAGAAUGUAUAACAGCUUCCAUGAUUUGACUUAAUGUAAAUUAUUGUGUAAAUAAUCACAACCUUUGCACUGACAUGGGGGUAAAUGUUAACUUUGUGUUGCUUUUCCCAGUUCUAUAGUCAAAUGUUACUGGUAAGCAACACACUUAUUCAUCAUUAGCCCCUUACUUCAGCUGUUCAAUAAACUAUUUUCUCCUAUAUUAUGUGCAAAACCUAUACCUUGUUUUCAGAGCUCAGAGACUUCCUGGAUUUAUGACAGCUAUUGGUUAGCUGUCAUAAAUACCAAGACUGUACUGUUGCAUCAUUACCCAAUCUCGUGUAAAACACUGGUCAGUCUAAAUUAUUAAACCCUUCAAAAUGAGUUGUGCCAUUUUAAAAAUAGUAAAUUCUCUAUAAAGGCUUAUGUUUAUUUUGA